GCAAGGCGCAGGGGAAGAGUAGUCGUCCGCUUCUUCCUUUCUUUCUGCGCGACUUCGGCUACUUCCGCAAAACCCCAAACGCGCAGGGGAAGAGUAGCACUGUAAUAGUCCGCUUCUUCCUUUCUGAACGGCCAUCUUCAGUCGCUGCCGCCUGCCGGGCGGCCACUAGGCCAGGAAGGCGCACCAAGGGCUCAGGCAGUCAGCCACUCGGCCAGGACGGUGCACCAGGGGCUCAGUCCAGCUUAAGAGAUCCGCCCCUGGCCCGCCAGCCCGCCACCGCGCCCCACCUGUCUGCCUCUCCAAGACCAGGUCUCCUCGACAGCACGACUGAAGUGCCUCACGCAGACUACACAGUUACGCUGCUCGCCGCAUCACCGCCUGUCCGCCUCAGUGCCUCACUGAGUCACCGCCCACCAGUCACGGACUCACGGACCUCUGCCCCUUACUGCCUCGGACCUCGGUAGCCUGACUCUACGAUUUCUUGAACGGAGCAGUCUGUUGUAAGGGCUCUAAUUUGAGAGGGCCGGCCCUGCCCUCUCUUUGUAUCGUCUUCCUUCACAAAACUUAAUAUAGCACAAAUAACAGUCAUUCGUAUGGCUUGUGCUAACCUAUUCCUUAGAACCUUCAUUCUUAAUGGUGCCUCCCUAUGGCAAUUCUCUCCGGCGCUCCUCCGAACGUGUACAGUCCCAACACUCACUCUUCACUCUCACCGGUGGCGCAGGCUAUUUUGCUUCAAAUCCUCGCAAUUUACGCCCCAGCCAGAAAAUGAGUCAGAUAAACGGAGACGGGACAACGUGGUGGAGAUUUUGGAGGAAAGGGGUUUACUAGAAUCCGUCACUAGUGAAAACAUCCGGUCCAUUUGCUCCGACCCGAAUCACCCUCCUCUCAAAGUCUACUGCGGUUUUGACCCGACUGCAGAAAGUCUCCACCUUGGGAACCUUCUCGGUCUUAUUGUUCUCUCGUGGUUCCUUCGUUGUGGCCAUAAAGCUGUCGCUCUUAUUGGUGGAGCCACUGGCCGCAUUGGUGACCCGUCCGGCAAGAGUUUAGAGCGCCCCGAUCUCGACUAUGCUAAGUUGAAUCAGAACAUCGCCGGAAUUUCAGCUAACAUUCGUCAGAUACUAGUAGCGUCGCCAAAUUCAUCUAACCUUGAGGUUUUAGAUAACUAUGCUUGGUGGAAAGAUGUGAAAUUUCUAGAUUUCUUGGGUGAUGUAGGAAGGUUAGCAAGGGUUGGUACUAUGAUGUCCAAAGAGAGCGUGAAGAAGAGACUGGAAAAUGCAGAGGAAGGAAUGAGCUACGCAGAGUUCUCCUACCAGUUGCUGCAGGGUUAUGAUUUUGUGCAUUUGUUCAAAAAGGAAGGCGUCACUGUUCAAAUCGGCGGCAGUGAUCAAUGGGGAAAUAUCACCUCAGGAACGGACCUUAUCCGCAGGGUAAUAGGAAAAUCUUCUGCAUCUCCCGUGGCUUAUGGCUUGACAUUCCCACUUCUCCUCAAGAGUGAUGGGACCAAGUUUGGAAAAUCCGAGGAAGGAGCAAUAUGGCUGUCCCCUUCACUUUUGUCGCCAUACAAGUUUUAUCAGUAUUUCUUCUCUGUUCCUGAUUCUGAUGUGGUGAGGUUUCUCAAGAUCCUUACCUUUCUGAGCAUUCAAGAGAUUGAAGAGGUCAGGCUCCAAAUGGGGAAGCUUCCUAAUAUGGCACAGCGCAGGUUGGCUGAGGAGGUUACACGGUUUGUUCAUGGGCAAGAGGGGCUGGAGGAGGCUCUUAAGGCGACAGAAGCACUGAGGCCAGGCAAUGCAGAUCCUAGGUUGGAGUGGAAGACCAUUUCUGGAGAUGUUCCAUCUUGUUCAUUGCCUUUUGAUCAGGUUUUGAAUGUUCUGCUUUUGGAUCUUUUGGUUUCCAGUGGGUUGCUGGAGAGUAAGUCUGCCGCACGGAGGAUGCUUAAACAAGGAGGGCUUUACUUGAACAAUGUCCGAGUUGAUAGCGAGGCUAAGAAGAUUGAGGAGGAGGAUAUUAUAGACGGAAAAUUUAUGCUGCUGUCGGCUGGAAAGAAGAACAAGAUGGUUGUGAGAAUCUCCUGAGUCAGCCACAAGCCCGCUGCUUGUAUAUUUUAAAUUCUUUUUUUGAAAUUCCAUUUGUGUGCAAAGACAUGAUUAUUUUAUAGAUCAUUAAAGCAGAUAAAACCUCUGGUACCUGAGUUCUACUACUUGCAUGAGUUAUAUUGUAUCAGACCGCUUUUCACUCGUUUUCUGUUGUUUAGUGCAAUUUUUUCC